AUGAGCGAAGGCCGUGGGAAUAUGAGCACGCCUGCGUGGCUGAUGGAGUUUACCUCUAAUGCCGCCGAGACGUUUGUGACGGCGUACUACGCCGCAUCCGACUCGCCGCAGCGUACGCAGCUCCUCCCUUCGCUGUACCUGCCCAACUCGUCGAUCGCGUGGAAUGGCAACCCGAUCAGCGGCGCCGCGCAGUUCGCGCAGGUGCUCGACGCGCAGCCCGGGACGCAGCACGAGAUCCAGUCGCUCGACUGCCACCCCCUCGGACCGACCGGAGCACAAGACCAACGCGAAGCGCCGUCGCUUCUUCUGAACGUGUCCGGCACCGUCGCGCACUACACCCCCGAGAGCCUGGCGACGAACGAGUCGAGCGCGCCCAAGUCCGCGUCCGCGCCCGCGUCGGCGGCUGCGAGCAAGCGCAAGUUUGACGCCGAGGCGCCGCUCUCGACGCACCCCCGCGUCUUUUCCCAGAGCUUUGUGCUAAUCAAUGGCGCUGGCGCCAACGCCGAAGGCGGUGUGCCGUUUGUCUGGACCCAGUCGCGCAGCGCCGCCAAAGGAAAGUCGUCGUCGGACGCCGGCGGCCAAAAGACCGUGGCCAAAUACUUUAUCCAAGCAGAUGCGCUUCGGUUCGUAGGCUAA